AUGAGAUACGUCUCCAAACAGAAAAGUGAAACAGCGCGGAGCGGAGUAUCCGGAAUGCCUAUCGACAAUGAAAUAAUCCGGAUGAUAAGUAAGCGCAACAGGCAAUCGUUACUAGGUAAUCGAGUCGACGGUUCUCCGCGAGGCAGAAGGAACAGCAACUUGGUGCGAGCCGAGCGAAGUCUGCGAAAACGGAAGAAAUGUGGGAGAAACUCGAGUUGCAAGAUCGCGCGUCGUCGACACUACGUGGACGAUGAUGAUGUCGGCGAGCAGAGUGCCUCGUCGAACGCGGCGAGAUUUCCCGUCUGGCAGGUUCCGGAAUCAACGGCGCCCGCAAUUAAUUCGUGCUCCACGACGAAUCCGACGAUCAUGGAAACAGAGAUGAAUAAUCGAUCGUCGCUCGCAUUUGAGAGGCCGCCGUUGCAAUUAGCGAAUUUAGACCACCAUCGCUCUGUAAAUGGAGCUCCAUUCCCCAUCGGGCGAUAUCCAAAUUCACGGGGAUUAUCCGAUGUAAAUGUUCCCAAUGAGGAUUCAAUACUUUCCAAAGUCACAAAUGCAAGAUCCGAAAGUAAGGUCGGCGUGCAGGGCCCUGCUUUUGAAAGACCGACUAAUAAAAUGCUGCCUCCCGCGUAUCGUCCUGGAAUUCCUGCCGACGUGGACUCACUGAACCCUGGCCAUCCGCAAGGAUUUCAGCAGCAAUACGGUGUACAUCAGAGGGAUUCUGCAAAUGGAUAUAACGUUAAAAACGAAUUAUUUGACUCUAACAAAAGAUUUCUGCUCGUACCGAUUUCUAAGAAUCUGUACGUCUUGAAGAACGUCCGAGAGAGUCCUCGAACAGGCGGAAUUGUACCUGAGCGUUAUAAGCUACCGGAAAGGAAUAAGGACAACGCAACAUCGGACACCCUCCCGUUCAAGGCGCGUAUGCACCACGAUGCGAAAGAUGUAGGUAGAGCUCACUUUCAAGGAGGCAAUCACCGUUUAUUUGAUCACAACGCGGACUUUCUACGUCCCACCCUUGUCACCGAAGAAAUCGCGAACCCCACGGAAAACCCGGUGACUUAUCGCGACUUCUUGUAUCCGAGCAUCGCCUCGCAGACUCGCAAUUUACUCGACGCUACUCCUGAAAUUCCCGACGAACAAACCGUCUCUCCCGUUCCGGAUUACGCGAGCAUUUCCUACGCGGAUAUUAAUUUGCGCGGCGGCAUCAAUUCCUACGACUCGUCGGGAUUUUCAUCAACUUCUAUCGACAUCCCGAAUGUAUAUUCGAAGGGAAAUGACGGUGAACCGAGUGUCUUGCCUGCGACAGAAUUAGAUGAUCGGAUAAGUCCUCAACAACAUAAUGGAAAUUACGAAGACUCUUUGGGAUACAGCGGGUUUAAUAUCGAGCUGACGACUGCGGAUUCCCGAGAUACUUUUAGCACGCUCGACGACAACACGUAUACGCCAGCCACUUUUGAAAUGUACUUAACUAAAAAAGGGUUUGUAUCACAAAAUCUGGGAGACGACUCUACAUUUUCGAUAGGAGGUAACGAAGAUGAACCUGUAACAGAAUUUGCAGAUGAUAUUUCGACGCGAUGCAGAGCUGCCUUUGACGUGUCUGCAAACGACGAUAAUACUCUCUUUCCGAAUGUUGCUUACACCUUCGCUGACAAUGCCGGGGACGUUUUGAACAGUGAAGCUUUAGAUAAAGAUAGCCAAGAAUAUGGAAUCUCGAUUUCUAGCGAAUAUACUAAUAAGUCAACUUAUUCCAGUGAUUUCGAUUAUAAGAAUAGAUCUAUCGACGAAGCGUUCCUUAGUAAUAAUACUGCCGACGUGGAUUUCUCUCUUAAUGCAGAAGAUUACGUGACAGCCGCAUCGUUAUUUCCAAAUACCGAAGAAUGGCCAGAGAAGGAAGCGCAAUCUAAUGUAGAAAACUCGCGCGUUUUAUUAACGGCACUCAAACCACUGUCCUCGGAGCUGCAGAAGUUGCUGAGCGCAGUUAAGUUAGUCAACCAGAGCCUCAGCGACGUGCAGAGUAGACUGUGCGAUAAAAAAAACGCAGUCAGGAUCGAACGAGAGAGUAAAACUAGAAAAACUACGGAUAAACCAGCUAAUAAAGUAGACCGCUACGAUUCUGAUCUCUUUAUAGAAAGUUUUAACAGUCAGUCAUCCGACAAGAGACGCAUUAAAACCAAAGGCGGAAGUGUCGCAGAACGAGACGUAAAAAUUAGAAGAAGACCCGACGAUCUCUUUUUAAAUAAACUGACGACACCGUUUCAUAAGCGCGAAAGUUCCACUAGCAAUGCAGAAGUAGGCCGCAGAAACUUCCUCAAAAAGAGAAAAUUGAAUGAGAGAGAGUUUCCCAAAUCAGGCGACGUUGAGAGGCGUAGAUUGUCUCAUUCGAGGUUUAACAGGAAUCUAAAGUCUCUCACGAAGAGUUACGAGAUGCGAAUAAAGCCAAUUCGAAAGCUUAUCGAGACCGGAUUAGAAAGGACGAAACGCACAACGACAUCGAUUAGAUCGUCGCGUUUGAUUAAAAGUAAUAUAUUGAGCGCGCAUAAUUUUGCAGACAAACGUGCACAAAAUCAUCACAGAAAUGAUCAAAUUAACCGAUCGAUAACUUCGAAUAAUGCGCCUUCGACAUUUUUAGAUAUGUUCACCAAGGAUACGUCAGCAUAUUUCUCGUCAGGUCGGCAAAAUUUGCAACGCAAUGUAAAGGCAGCAAUGUCGAGCGAAAAAUCUGAUCCUGACAAAGAAAAAAAAAUUCUUCCCAUUGAUCCGCAAUUCUACAAGGAAGCAACUGGUUACCUCAAUGUAAUUCAAUUGUUGGGUAAAACUGAGGAACCUCACGUAGAACGUGCGACCGAUGUGUGGCUCGCGCAGAAUCUUACAGAGUCUUUGACACCGCUGAUCUUUACAACCACAGAAUCUUCUGUGUCUGCGUUAACAUUCCCGUACUUUAUCGAGGAAUCAACAAUUGCAAGUUCAAGCACAAUCGCAAAAGAAGCUACCGAGGUAACCGAAUCAUCCUUAUACGAAGAUGUAGCUUUCAAAAUUUCGAAAACUACAUCAUUGACGCAAUCGCCGAUUACGUUGAGUGCUUUUACUAUAACGAUGCCAACUACGUCGCCACUAUUUUACACGACAGAAUUAACAGUUCUUCCGAUUGAAGAAAUCUCAACCACUGAGGUUAGCACUGAAAAAAUGACUACAAUAUUACCUGUCGCGAUCACUGAAGUAACUGGAAUUCCUAUCCCAAUUCCAGCGAUAGAAUAUUUUACAACCGAAACUGUCAUGCUGUUAACUCCACUUUUGGAAGGAAUGACAGAUAUUACUUUGAAGAUUACAAUCCCUGUAGCUACUGAAACUUCAAUCGAAGAAACGACCGCGUUAAUGAUUGAAACCGCGAUUACAGAGGAAGAAACUGUGGAAGGUACGUCGACUUUGGCGACGGAAAUAACGCAAAGUUUGCUUGUUGAAACAGAUGUAUCUUUAUAUACAUUUUCGACUGUAUCAUUAUUCAAGACUAGAGAAGAGGAAUUAGUGAUUGAGAGUACAUCUCCUACUGUAUCAGUUUCAACAACUUUGGCAAUUGCAAAAGGUUUCCAAACUGCCACAUCAGGAUCCACUUUUGGCUUGUAUAAUACUACUGUAAUUAUAAGUUCGCCUACGGUUCUAGAAAGGACAGAAAUGAUUCCAAGUACGUCGACAGAAGUUGCAACAACCACCUUAAUUCCGGAGGAGGAGAGUCCAGUGACACAGAUUGAGAAAACUAUAACCGCGGAAGAAACAGCUACAGAAAUCCCAACUGCAACGCCUACUGAAAUUGCAAUAACUACUACUGAAGUUUUAACAGAGGCUACCGAGCUUCCAACGUCUACGGAAACCACAAUAACCGAAAUGCUAACAGUUAAUAAAACUUUAACAACUGCGGAAGCGUCAAUAUCUACCGAAACUCCGACAGCCAGUGAGAUACCAACGACUGCAGAAGCUUCCACAAUUACGGAAAUUUUAACACCCGCUGAGAUUUUGACAACUCUCAAAACUCCAAUUAUUAAAGAAACUACGAGUGCAGAAACUUUAACGCCUGCUGAAACUUCAACAUCUAUUAAAACUCAGACACCUACCGAGUUUUUAACAUCCACAGAAACUAUUACCAGCGAGAUAUCAACGACUGUAGAAGCUACCACAAUUACAGAAACUUUAACAUCUACUGAAAUUUUGACAACUGUCAAAACUCCGACUACCAAAGAAACUACAAGUGCCAAAGCUUUAACAUCUACCGAAACUCUAACAUCUAUUGAAACUAAGACAAGUACUAAAACUUCGACAACUACCGAGAUUUCAACAUCUAGGAAAACUACAAUUACCGAAAUUUUAACAAUUAAUAAAACCUUAUCAACUGCGAAGACGCCAGCACCUAUCGAAACUUCGACAGUCAGCGAGAUACCAACGACUAGUACAAAAUCUACAGCUAUAGAAGCUACUACAAUUACAGAAACUUUAACACCUACUGAAAUUUUGACAACUCUACGAAUUCCAAUUACCAAAGAAACUACAAGUGCCAAAACUUUAACUCCUACCGUAACUCUUACACCUAUUGAAACUAAGGUAACUACUGAAACUUUUACACCUACUGAGAUUUCAGCGUCUACAGAAACUACAGCAGGCACAAAAAUUCUAACAAUUACUGAAACUCUGACGACUAUAGGAACAUCAGCGUUUACCGAAACCUCAACAACUAGCGAGAUACCAACGACUGCAAAAAUUGCAGUAGUUACGGAAACAUCAACGCCUUCUGAAAUUUUAACAACUACCAAAAUUUCGACUAAAAGAACCACGAGUAUUAAAGCCUUAACGUCAACGAUCACGGAAGCUCCGUCCACUACCGAAACUCUAACAACGACCGAAAGUUCAAGAACCACCGAAAUUCCAGUGAUGUCGACCACGUAUAUUACAACAACGUUUUUUACAACAUCAGAGAGUGCAAUGUCAUCUGUUGCAACGACGUCCCCGAAGGAAUUUUUUCCAACAUCAAAUCUGACUACUUUUACCACAAUUCUUGCUACGGAAACAGCUGAGAGCACUUUAAUUUCUUCGACGCCUGUUACAGCAACUUCUGCUAAAACCACAGUUCCUACGUUGAAAUUAACAAUAAUGCCGUUACGAACGUUGAUUACAAAUACGACGCUAAGUGAAACGCCAUAUACCACAAUUUCUAGCACGUUUUCGACUACGGAAAGAUCUGUUCUAACUUCUUUUGAAACCACAGUUCCAACCACGUCGUUGAAAAUAGCAACGACAACGCCCUUAUCGUUGGUUACGAGCACGAUGUUAAGUGAAACGCCAAGCACUACGCUUUCUACGUUUUUAAUAGAGGAGACUACAACUUCUUCGAUACUUACAACGUUUCAAACCACAACUGUAUUGCCAAUUCCUACAGCGGUAUCUACAGUCGAAACGUUCUUGACUACAUCAUCCAUUGCAAUCUAUACCGAAAAUGCGACAGUUUCCAGCACGACUGCUAGCGCAAUCACAGCAGAGACCUUCGAAAGUACAAUAUCUCCGGUCGUGUAUUUUACAGUAACAACGCCUUCCACCACUAACAUUCCAAUUACGACGCCUGUUAUAGUGGAUACUGAGACAACGGCUUAUGAAACUACUUCUACUUUAGUUACUUCGUUUGUUUUAACAGAGACCAUCGAAGGUACGUCGUCUCCUAUGAGAGAAUACGAAGAAACUAAAGAGUAUAAAGAAUAUUACGAAAGUACGAAGGAAGAAAUAGCGACAGCUACGAGUGCAGCUGAACUAACAACGGAAGAAUAUACGACUUGGGUUACAGAAGAAGUUACUAUCGCCAAAGAAACACCAAUGACGUAUCUACCGUCGUUUACUACUCCGUUUUUUAUCGAAACGACUACAGAAGCAACUUCCUUCUCGAUUGAAACAAUUACUUUGCCCACGACAACUGAAGAAAUGUUAUCGACCGAAAAAAUCGUCACUGUUACUCCUAUGACAACGAUUGAGGAAAUACCGACACUUUCGGAAGCUGCGUUGAUUUCCACUGAAACCAGUAUAAUAGAGACAAGUAGUUUGGUACCCGCAAUAGCUACGACAACUGCUUCCCUUCUGGAAGAAACUGUCACAGAAAUUACGGAGACAAGUUGGAUAAUAACAACUUCUGAAAAACCGGAGUAUGCGACGAUCUUAGAAGCUGUAGUCACCGUGACACUUGCUCCAUUUUCCGAAUCUAUUCUAUCGAUAUUAAUUACGCCCGAAACGCCUGCCACUACGCCGGAAGUUAUCUCUGUAUUGCCAAAAACUGUCUCGGAAGAGUUUACGAUGUCAAUGACUGAAAGUUCGUCGGUAAUGUAUGCUACAAAAGGUUUUACAACACCAUUUAUCGAAACAACGGUUCAUCCUGCUGUUUCACUUUCGACAGCAAUUACUGAAGAAAGGUUAGAAGUUGAAACGGAAUAUUACGUAGCGAAAGAGCCGUUCGAAGAGGAAUAUGAAGAGUACGAAGAAUACGACACCGAAAUUCCGACUGCCAAGUGGUAUUAUUAUGACGAAUACGAAACGACGACGGAGGGAAGGACAACUGCGCUGGUGAAAUAUACGAAACUGCCUAAAGAAAAGGCAAGUCCGCCUCUUGUCAGAGGCACGACAAGUUCGUAUGAGAUGGAAACUUCAGGAUUUACAAGGUACUCAACAACUUCGACUUACGGUAAUGUGACUUCAGCCGCGGUUACUUCGGAAACAUCUUAUGCCGAAGAAGAAGUCACUUCUACCUUGGAAACGUACGCAUCAACCAUUAUUGAAAACGUAACAAUGGUUGAAGCGGAAACAGUAUCCUCUAUGAGCGAAAAGACAGAAUUAACUUUCGGUUCUACUGAGGAAUACACUCUUCCCUCUUCGACGAUUUUCAGAAUCCCGACGGAACCACUGGAAUACUUGACAAUUCCGCCCAGGUACACGGAUCUAGAACGCUUCACGAAAAUGUGGCACGACGUUACCUUGCCAAAAUUUAUCACAAGGCCUGAAAAAAUUCCGAAGAUCGUAUUGGAAAAGACUACGACUUCAGAGCGAGUUUCAACAGAGACCGAGACCGUGGAGAAGUUGACUUCUUUCUUCAUCUCGUCGGCAUUAACAACGUUAUCGGAGAAGGAAGCUUUUGAAGUGCGCACAACGACCAUGAGUACUGCAUCUUCUGAAACAGAAGGUACUCUCGAAACCGGUUACGAGGUUACCACUUUGGCGAUUACGGAAGAGACUGUUCCGCGUGUCACACCGUUUAUCACGCCCGAAACCGAAAUUGUCGAACGAGAAGAAAAGGAACAGUUACUGCGACGACUCGACGAUCUCAAACAGCACGAGAGAGAAGUGGCGGAGAGAGAGGAGAGGCUGAAGGAAAAGGAGCAACAGUGGAACGUAGAAAAGGAGAAACGCAGGAAAAUGAUGCAGCGUGAGAAGGAGAAAGCGAAGAAUAUUACAAUAGCGAUAGGUACAACCGAGGGCUACAUUACGACCACUGUCUUGACCGCAUCUCCUGUCGAGGCUGUUAGCACAACAAAUUUAACUGCAUCGACUACAGAGGUUGAAGUCACAUCCCCUGGUCUCUAUACGUUUAUUACUACGUCGAGCUUCGCCGAAAUUACGAUUCCAACUGAAACGACUCCAUUUAGUAUCACAGAAGAAAUCACAUUUGUGACAUAUACUACGGAGAAGACGGGGAAAGAAAUUACGGAGGAAAGUACAUUUACGACGUACACUACAGAAGAAACAGAGGAAACAGUUACAUCUUACACAACAGAGAAAAGCACAUUUGUUAUCCGCAUUACAGAAGAAAUGGAGAAAGAGUAUAUCACAGACUAUGUCACCCUGACGCCGUACAUGACUACGUCUAUCAUGGAUUUAUAUAGCUUUGGCUUAGCUUCAAUUGAAACUACAACUUUUUACACCACCGAAGAAAUGUAUACUGCAAGUUACGUGUCUGAAACAACUCCAUUCAGUGUCACAGAGGAAAUUACAUCCGUGGCGUAUACUACAGAGAAGACGGAGGAAGCAGCUACAGAAAGAGGUAAAUCUACGACAGAAGAAACAGAGGAAACGGUUAUAUCUUACGCUACAGAGAAGAGCACAACUAUUACAUAUCUUACGGAAGAGGUAGAAGAAGUGCAAAUUACGGAUUACGUAACUUUGACGCCGUACAUUACGACGUCUGUCAUGGAUUUAUAUAGCUUUGGCUCGGCUUCAAUUGAAACUACAACUUUUUACACCACCGAAGAAAUGUAUACUGCAAGUUACGUGACUGAAACAAUUCCAUUCAGUGUCACAGAGGAAAUUAUAUCCGUAGCGUAUACUACAGAGAAGACGGAGGAAGCAGCUACAGAAAGAGGUAAAUCCACGACAGAAGAAACAGAGGAAACGGUUAUAUCUUACGCUACAGAGAAGAGCACAACUAAUACAUUUCUUACGGAAGAGGUAGAAGAAGUGCAAAUUACGGAUUACGUAACUUUGACGCCGUAUGUUACCACGUCUAUCGUGGAUUUGUAUAACGUCGGCUUAGCUUCAAUUGAAACUGCGACUCCUUAUACCGUCGAAGAAAUGUAUACUACAAGUUACGUGACCCUUUACAGCGAACCAUUAACUUUCGCUUCACCUACCAUUACAAGUACACUGGCCACUGAAAAGUUUACUUUACCCAUUGCUACGUUUAGUGAAAGAUUCGAGGAAGUAGCUUCAGUUACACUCCCUACUUGGUAUACAACAGAGGAAACUUAUACAGACAUUUAUGGUAAGCCUCUAUUCAUUCCAUCAACAUUGGAGUUUACUAGCGCAACUACUUCGUCGACUUUGGCUAUUAUCACGGCUACAGAGGUGAAGUACGACGAGGAAAUAGAAAGAUUGAAAGAAAAAUUGCGCGAGAAGGAGCGCGAAUUAGAGGAGAGAGAAAAGAUUUUGCUGGAAAGAGAGGAAAGAUUGGCGAGAGAUAUAAUGGAAUUUGAAAAAUACAUGGAGGAGUUUGAGAAGAAGAAGACGUCAAUCGCGUCAACCAAGAAAUCGACUGUGCUCACAAGUUUGUCAACGCCAGUGCCGCCGACUGAAAAGACCACUAUAAAAGCGCAAUUAACAACGCAGGUUAAAAAGGUAACGGAGAAGAAAGAAAAUCGGACGACUACGAAGCUGGUAACUUCUCGACAGACAGAAAUGGAAGAUAUCCACGAGGGGAAACGGACAAAGCCUGUUCCUGAAGAAGCCGUCACACUGAAAGAAGAAGAGAUAGUGACGAAACGAAUAUGUUUGAACGUUCUGGAAAAUACGACGAUUCCUUUAGAUAAAAGAAGAAGAGACAUUGUGACCAAAAAGAUCUGUCUGCCGUACUUUCCCGAAAAAAACGAAGAGAAGUUAGUCGGUCGGUUGAGCAGAAGGCUUCUCGCUUUGCAAAGUACGAGAAAAAUUAGAAGACCGAGAUGGAAUGUUUCAUCAGAUCCUCGAUGUCACAGGAGGGCGAAAGAGACUACACGUAAGAUCGACAAUCUGCAGCUGUUGCAUCACGAAUGGCUGAACAACGAAACUACGAAGCCACUGCGGCACUUUAAAGGUUUCACUAGAAUCUACGGAAAGAUGAGAAAAAUUCCAAAAAGGACUGCAGCCAUGGAAGCGCAAGAAAAAACAACUAGCGAUUUUCAAGAUAAAACCUCUUUGUAUGAACGUGCUUUUAAUUACUAUGAAAGUAUCUUCCAGCCGACCGUAACGCCAAUGUUGGACAGUAAGGAGCAUAGAAAGAGAAAGGCUUUCUUCAGUUAUGAUUUAAUUUCCGCAAAAAAUAAUAACUUCCUCAUUGACGAUGAAACAAAUAUUCGAAAAAGGGACGUUUCACCGAUAGAGAGUAAUGCACGAUUUUGGUCAAGGAAAAGUACGGCCAAUACUUCGAGUCAAAGAGCAACGACUAUAACAACCGAAGAAGGUAGAUUUUACACGGUAAACGUGCUACAUCUCAGUUACAACGAGGACAAACAAACGCAUGAAGUAGUAUCCGCUAAACCAGAUGAAGAUAAACUAACGAUUUUAUCUGAAUCAAAUGAUGUCGAUUAUGUAAGUAAUUUUGGGACGGAUAGGAAAAUUACAUCGCCAUACGACGAGGUUGAAGAUGAAGAUUAUAUCGAAGAUAUGAUAGACAAUUAUAUGAAUUACGAGGAACACGAAACAUCGACAUGGACACACGUUGGGAGAUUCUUAGACGACGCAGGCAAGGAUAAGGGAAUGACAGAAAAUGAAAAAGAACUGCUGGAUCAAGCGUGGCCCACCGAGAAAAGUACGACAUAUCAUUUAGGCGGCACUAGAUUUUGGGAAUUCGACUUUGUCACGGAACCGUCAGCUGUAUCUCGCACGGUGAUUGAUGAAAGCAAAACCAUCGACGUAUCGGUCACUAGAACGACCUGUCUCGACGUUGUUCUUAGGAACGAAAGAAACAGCGAAGUAAAAUCAAACGUAUCUUAUCACAAACGAGACGUUUAUGGCAAUAGAAGGAGGGAAAGCGUUUCUAUCGAAAAGCGAAAUGCCAGUCUUAGAAACGUUACGAGAAGAAAUGCGUUGCGUUACAAGCUAAGAACAAAGCGACCUGGGAUAAUAGCGAAGAAAUUAAAGAGCGAUUCGCAAAAGUUGCGCGGAUCGAAUUAUUCUAAGCGAAGUUUCAAGGAAAGCAGAACGGCAAGAUUUAACGAUUCCCGACUUAACGACAAUGUCGAUUCAAUAACAGCGAAAAGCCGCAAGCUGUGCGGUGUUAAUGCGAGCAAAUUGAAACAUAAAGUUGUCAACCACGAAGAUGCUACGGACAAACAUAAAAAGAAGCAACUGGCAAAAUCGCGAACAUUACAGAAAAAUAAUUUACACUCUCUUCGCGAUAAUUGUGACGCGAAUAACAAGAAUAAAUAUCAUAAAACGGCCGCGAAUCCUCCAGUAAAAAAUCCCCACCAGAAGAACGAUGAGAAAGUAACGCAUCUUAAUAUCGUCGGACGUAAAAAUAACUCAACAUCUACGUUGCAUGGAAGAAAAAUCCAUAAUUGCUCCAAUUGCAUUUGUGACGUCGCAAGCGUGGUUAGCAACAUAAGAUCUCUGCUAGACAGAACGAGCUUCCAAUUAGAUGAAAUUAAGGCACUUAAUUGCAGCGAAUAUAAAGAGAUUCAGGAUAAAAUAGUGAUCUCGAUGGACUCCGACAUGGAGGAGGCUAGAGAAUUUCCACAACCGCAUUACAAUAUCGAAUCGCUCAAGGGUCAGAAAUAUAUCAAGCUGGAGGAGCUAGAGGAUAAUUUCGAGAGCGACCUGGAACUCGACAGCGAUCACGACGUUGUUUCGUUACCCGGUAUUAAUCUCAAUUUACCCUGCAAUCAAGACGGCGAUGGUAUCACCUGGUUGUCGAGCGUCAGCAGACCGAGUUACACGUGGAAAAGAACGGACGGCAUCGCGCUCUUCGGUUUCGUGGCGGAAAACGGCGACCUGGAGUUGCGAAACGUGAACGCGAAGGAUACGGGAAAUUACACCUGCGUCAUGACGUACACGAGCCCCGACAACGAGGAGCCCGUGGAGACCGCUUAUGAAAUCCAUUUGCAAGUUGUCACGUUGCCGAGAUACGUUGUACACGGCGAGAGUCGUUAUCACGUGCGAUCUUGCGAUGAAAGGGACCUGGACGUGCUGGUGACGUAUCUACCCCUGAAGUUGAACAGCGUUAUAUGCGAAGCGGAUGUCUGCAACGCUUACGUCCUAACGCCGUCUUGCUCUCGAAGUCAAAUUACAGUAGAUAUUUUAUUGGUGCCGUCGCAUAUCGUUAAACCGAUUACGCUCGAUCCCAAACACUGCAACGUCUUCUGUCUCAAAGCCGUUCAGGAUAAAUUCUCGCUGACACUGAGCAAAAAUUUGCAAAUCUUUCUCGGCAAGACCAUUAUUUUCAGAUUGCCGCAUUACGAGCAGAGGCUGGUGCCGAUCGUCGAAAAGUCGUCGCCCGCGAGACGGAAGCGAGGGAGGACCGACGCAAACGCGUCCGCCGGGAGAUCCAGCAAUGUCGGAUUGUUCUCCAGCUGUCCAGCGGGAUACGGUCUUCGUGAUACACGCUGUGUUCCUUGUAACAUGGGCACUUACAGCGAGGGCGGAAUAUCGCACUGCAAGAGAUGCCCGGCCGGCACGUAUCAGCCGAAUCACGGUGCCCGAGUUUGUCGCACGUGCACUAAUCCAAUGACGAAGGGCUGCCACAAUAUGCUCUGGAAUUCAUUCUCCGCCGUAAUGGUAACUUUAGCGAGUGUUGGCGCGAUGCUGUCGAUAUGUUUGCUGUUGCUGUGGCUAAUUUGCUGCGCCAAAAAGAAAUUCUGCAUAAAGCGAAUGGCUGGUGUUGUCGCCAAGGAAGACGCGUUUGAACCGGAGAAACGCGCGGAGGAGCAACCGUUAAUUAAGGAUGCGAGUGAAAACGAGGAUCAGCAGUGGGACAGCGAGUACAGAGCCAAGAGAAAGAAGGGAAAGUUUUACGUAAAUACAAAACGCCGAAAACAAAACGAAAGAAGGAAAUACGGCAAGACGCACGCACCCGAGGACGAAUGGGGAUCGCAUCGUAUAAAAAAUGCUCCAAUUAUUUUCCCAGACUCCUAUCAGUCCCACGAAGAUUAUAACAACUAUUAUCCAAGACGGUCGUAUCGUAAAGGACCGCGGCUGCCAGAGUACGAUUUUGAUACAUGACAGUAGACGCACGUGCGUAAGAAAACGUACUGCGCACAUCGCGGAGGAGAGUCACGUAGUCUAAAAGAAGCUUAGAUAUUUAAGAUAUUUUAGGCUCAAUUACUAAUUGAGAGCCUAUGUAACAUUCAUCCAAUUGCGCCGCAUCUAUUUUUAAGACAUAUCUAUUAAAUAGCGCUUUAAUUACAUCUAUUGUAUUGGAGAGACUGCAUGUUUAUACAAAUAAAUGUAAUAUGCAUAAUAAAUGAGCAAAGAAACGAGAA